UUUGUAAAUCCACUUUGGUUUAAUCUUGCACGCAAUUACUAAACAAAUUUUAUUUUAUCUUUUCUCAAAUCUAUUAUUAUUGCAGUGUUGUAGGUGAAGAGUUUUCUUUUUUCUUUUGGCUCUUUUAUCGGUUCACGUUUUCAUGAAAUUGACUGCAUCUAUAAACUGGGUUUUUCUUUUCCUUUUUUGGGUUUAAAUUGGCUUAGUUUCUUUAUUUUAUUUUUAUUUUAAUUUUGGGUUUUUUGAAGCCUGGAAGUUGUUGAUCAUCAAUGGCUGAAUCCUUGGGUCCACGAUUGUAUAGCUGCUCUAAUUGUCGAAAUCGUGUCUCUCUCCACGAUGAUAUAAUUUCCAAGUGUUUUCAGGGAAGAAAUGGCCGUGCAUUUUUGUUCUCCCACGCGAUGAACAUUACAUUAGGACCAAAAGAAGAUAGGAAUCUCUUAUCCGGUCUCCAUACCGUGGCUGAUAUUUACUGUGCUGACUGCCACCAGGUUUUAGGCUGGAAAUACGAGCGAGCUUACGAGGUGUCGCAGAAGUACAAGGAAGGGAAAUUUAUACUCGAGAAGGCGAAGAUUGUUAAGGAGGAUUGGUAACAAGCAAGCCUCAUCGUUUUUUAAGGUUUUCUCAUUCCAUUUAUUCCCCAUGUUUGAUGUAAUUGUUAUCGGUGCCCGAUGUUCGUCUUGUACAGAAAAAGACGUCGCCCCCAUUUCGGAAAAAAAUUGUCAUUGUUUGGAACCUUGCAUUCUUAACGAUGAUGCGCGACGGAUUGGCAAUUCUCUGUGUUAAUAAAUUAUGGUAUUCUUAACCAUCGUUCAUGACAUUGUUCUAUUGUGUAGUAUAUGGAUUCAGAAUUGUGUAAAAA